AUGGAAAAGUGUCAACCUCAUUCGAGGUAAAGAAUCAAAAACAACUAAUGCAUCCACUCUAAAAAUAGACGAAGAAACUAUUACAGGUGACAAGAACAUAUAUUGCUGAAGCUUUUAACUCUUUUUCGUCAGUGUGGGUCCGUCGCUUUCGGAAAGUUUACCAGAGUCUUAAAAACCUAUUCUGAUUAUGUUCAACAUCCCAUACACAAUACCUUUUCCUUUAGUGAGGUUAGUGAAAAUGACACUCUAAAGUUGCUAUGUGGUUUGAAAGAAUCAAAGGCGGUUGGUCCAGAUAAAAUAAAUGCUAAAGUAGUUAAGGAUUCUGCUGAAGUAAUCUGUCCUACAUUGACAAAAAUUUUCAACAGAUCCUUGCAACAAGGUAUCUUCCCAGAGGAAUUUAAAACCGCUUUUGUCUCCCCCAUUUACAAAAACGGUGGCAAAUCUGACUGUAGCAAUUAUAGGCCUAUUUCGAUUUUGUCAACUAUUGCGAAAAGUUUAGAAAAAACUGUCUACAAUCAGUUAAUUUCGUAUAUAAAUGAGAAUAACACUCUCAUUCAACUGUAACGUCGUUGUUAAAUGCGACAAGUAAUUGGCUCCUAAAUAUUGAUAAGGUAUUAUAAAUGGAGUCUUGUUCCUAGAUCUACUGAAAGCAUUUGACACUGUUAAUAAUAAUAAUAAUAAUAAUUACAAUAUUUAGUCAGGGGGUCCACUCACGAAAGUGAUUUUCAGUGGAGCCCUGAAUUUAUUUUUUUUUUAUUAUUUUUUUAUCAGGGCCCCUGAUAAAAAAAAUAAUAAUAAAAAAAAAAUAAUAAAAAAAAAUAAAAGAAUAAAAAUAUAUAUCUAUCAAAAGUGAAUAUAUGAAAGGUUAAAUUGUAUAAAGUACUUGCGCAUCCUAUCAGUUCGGUGGGGUGUCCUAUGGCUAUAUAGCUAAAUGUUUCUUUUGUUUUCUUUAGUUUUCUUUUUUUUUGUUUCUUUUUUCUUUAGUUUUUGUUUUUUUUACUGUUGAUCAUAUAAUCUUAAUUGAAAAGCUAAAUCUGUAUGGAAUUACAGGGGGUGCCUUGAAUUGGUUUAUAUCAUACUUAGAAAAAAGAUAUCAAACAUGUAAAAUAAAUAACGUUAAAUCAUCCAGAAAAUAAAUUAAAUGUGGUGUCCCCCAGGGGUCAAAUUUAGGACCCCUUCUAUUCUUAUUAUAUGUCAAUGACCUGCCAAAUUGUCUUGAUCAGGCAAAACCUUCGAUGUUUGCUGAUGAUACUAAUAUCUCCGCAUCUGCGGAAUCCGUAGAUGAAUUGGAGGACAAAGUAAACACCGAUCUUAGUAAUAUCUAUCAAUGGUUAGUGGCAAACAAAUUAACACUUAACGUUUCUAAAACAGAAUAUAUGAUUAUUGGCUCUCGAAAUAAUCUAA